AUGAAGCCCCGGUCGCAUUCGCUCGAUGUCGGAGCAAGUGGGUGUUCAGGAUUCGAACACCUGAGUAUUGACAGGGGUGCAGACAGCGAUACUGAGGCUGAUCAGACCGGAGCUGAAAACUGUAAUAUUGCGCGGAUGCCGCAAAGCUUCAAGAAAGCAAUAUCUAAGUCCAGCGCUUACAGUACGGAAUUACACGGCUUUCCCGGACACCAUAUUGCUGCCAGUGAUUACAGAGAAACAGAUAGAGAAAUAAAAGCCACGGUAGACUGGAGUGAAAAUGCUCACCCCGGUGACCAUGUGUGGAUUGACACGAAUGCCUCAGGUGACUUCUGCUAUGUUGGAGAGCAAGACUGCAUGGUCAGUGACCUCAAGAAAAAUGGACCGAGAAAAAAAUGCUCAGGAUGUAGAAUCGUGGUGCAUACGGCUUGUAUGGGGCAGCUCGAAAGAAUCAAUUUUAAGUGUAAACCUACAUUCCGCGAAGCUGGAAUUCGCAACUACAGGGAGCAACAGACGAUAGUUCGGCAUCACUGGGUGCACAGGAGAAGACAAGAAGGCAAAUGCAAACAGUGCGGAAAAUCAUUUCCACAGAAACUUUUUAACACAAAAGAAAUUAUAGCAAUCAGUUGCUCAUGGUGCAAGGUUGCAUAUCAUAACAAAGUGUCCUGUUUUAUGAUGCAACAAAUAGAAGAGCCCUGUACCAUGGGUAUUCAUGCGGGUGUAAUUGUUCCUCCAUCUUGGAUUAUUAGAUUACCUAAACAAAAAUUGCAGGGUUCUUUCAAAUCGGGUUCACAGCGGAAAAAGAAGAGGCCAUCAUUUAAAAGACGCUCCAUUAAAGACAGUAAACCCAAACCUUUUAUAAUUAAACCAAUUCCGGCACCACAGAUGAAACCAAUGUUGGUGUUUAUCAACCCAAAAAGUGGUGGCAACCAUGGUGCUAGGCUUCUGACCAAAUUUCAUUGGUUGUUAAAUCCACGGCAAGUGUUUGACCUUUCUCAAGGUGGUCCAAAGGAAGGUCUAGAGAUGUAUCGCAAGACACCCAACUUGAGGAUAUGGCAUCUUCAAGCUGAAAAGAAUCCUGAUGCUGAUACAGAAAGUGACCCAAUUGUAGGACAAGAGAAUCCACCACUAGAUGUUAUCAAUAACUAUUUCAGUCUUGGUGCGGAUGCCCAUGUAGCGCUUGAAUUCCAUGUUUCAAGAGAGGCCAAUCCAGCAAAGUUUGACAGUCGGUUUCGCAAUUUAAUGUUCUAUGCUAAAGCGGGUGGCAAGGAUUUUUUAAAAAGAAGCUCCAAAGAUCUCACAAAGUAUAUAACAGUAGAGUGUGAUGGAAUUGAUAUCACUCAAAAAGUGAAGGACCUCAGAAUACAUUGUCUACUCUUCCUGAAUAUUCCCAAGUAUAGUGCGGGCACUACGCCAUGGGGUAAUCCAAGCUCUGCUAGCUAUCCUCAGUUUGAGGCUCAAAGACAUGACGAUGGUUUUCUUGAAGUUCUUGGAUUCACACUUUCUUUCAAGGCUUUUAAUCAAGUUGGUGGGCAUGGAGAAAGACUGUGCCAAUGUCGGGAGGUAGUUGUGACAACGUACAAGACGCUACCGUGCCAAGUAGAUGGGGAACCAUGCAAGUUGGCACCCAGUAUUAUUAAAAUUGCAUUACGUAAUCAGGCUAAUAUGAUAAUGAAGCCAAAGAGAAGAGGUUCUAUGCCAAUUAGUAAUGAAUCAUUGGGUUAUUCUGACAGGUUACGAGUUCAAGUUAGUCGCAUUAGUAUGUACGACUAUGAGAGACUCAAUUAUGAGAAAGAAAAACUGAAAAAAGCUUUACUGUGUUGGAAACGAUUUGUGAACGCCCCAUCACUCUGCCUCUCACGCAGGCGGAGCAAUUGCAGAUCGCUAGCGCAUUAUCGUCACUUGCAGACAGUGGUAGUGAGCCCUCGUUGCUGGCUUCACCAGUCACGCCGAGAAGGGAAGUCUCCACGCCGACUGGUAUAUCAUGAUACAGCCCAUCUUAAUCACAGUGACAAAAUGCUGAUUGAUACUUCCAAAAGAGGCGAUCUUUUGAAAUUUGCAGAGCUCCAUAAAACUGGUGCAAACAUUUUCGCCACAGACCAGCACGGAAUGUCUGCCUUACACCACGCUGCUAGAUUUGGGCAUAAAGACAUUGUCAAGUACAUAAUUGAACAAUGUGAUAAAUCAAUACUGGACCUGGAAGAUCGUGAGAGAUGUCAGACUGCACUUCAUAAAGCAGCCUGGUAUCAAAGACGUACUAUCUGUCGUAUGCUGGUUGCAGCCGGGGCAUCAUUAACGAAAACCGAUUAUCAAGGAAACACUCCACGAUUACAGGCAUUGAGGGCUGAGGACACCGACCUCGCUGCAUUCCUUGAAAGUCAGGAGCACUAUCAGCUGGUCGCGACUGAAGACCAAGAGACCGCUGUAUAG